AUCAUUAUUAUUUAAUAUACAAUAUAUAAUCAUGUCAUUGUAAUAUCAAUGAUUCAAUUAUAUAUUUUAUAAGAAAUAAUAUGAGCUAAUUGGCUGCGAGCGCGAUUAUAAUUUUAUAUAAAUUAAAAAUUGUGUUUGGAAAAUAACUAAUGUUCUUUUUUUAAUUCAUAAAUGUAUGAAAUUUGCAUAUAGAUUUUUACUUUUUUAAUAAUUUAAUUUUAUGUAUUUAUUUAUUUUGUGUCAUACUAGAUGGCGUAAGGAGUAUUAUAAUCUUUUUUGAAGUCGGUAUUUCAGAAUAUGUUGCACAAAGUUCCGUAAGAUGUCACGUUUAUUCUCUUUCUCGUGUUCUGCUAUUAUCUUGCUAUUUGCUAACUAACGUUGCAAUCUUAUUCUAUAUCAAAUCGGUAAUGUUGAAAAUGACAAUAAAAUGGAAUGAAUUUCUAGUUCCCAAGAUAUGGGACAAAAAAUGCAUUGUAUGUUAGAUCUAUUCUUUACUUCAUCUGUGCUUUUAGGCAAUAAUAUUGUUUAUACUUUAUUCAAAAAUUGUCAUGUUGUUUUUUUAUAAUGUUUAUACUAAGAUUAAGUUUUAUUUUUUUAUUAAGUGUUGUUUGCAUAGGUAAUUGUGAAGAACAAUAUUGUACUAUUGGUAACACAGAAGAUUGUGUUGAGGAAAAAAAAGUUAAUAUUUAUAAAGUAGGUUUAAAUAAACAAUAUAGUAAAUAUUAUAAUGCAAUUGAAGAAGCAGAAAAACAUUAUAGAAUUUGUAAUAAUAUUAACAAUAGUUGUUUCAAAAAUGUUAUUAUAAAUGAUCUAAAACCUUUCAAGGAAAAAGGUAUAAGUAAGGAUUUAAUAGAUACUGCAAAAAUUAGAGGAACUUUUUAUCAAAUAAUACAAGGAAAAUUAUAUAGACAAAGAGAUUGUAUGUUUCCUUCAAGAUGUGCUGGAAUAGAAUAUUUUCUUUUAAAACUUGCUCCUGGAUUAACAGAUAUGGACUUAGUUAUAAAUGUAAGAGAUUAUCCUCAAUCAAGUAAACAUUUUGGAGAUCCAUUACCUAUUUUUUCAUUUAGCAAGACUUCACAAUAUUAUGAUAUUACAUAUCCAGCAUGGGCAUUUUGGGAAGGUGGGCCUGCAAUUUCUUUGUAUCCUCGUGGUCUUGGAAGAUGGGAUGAACAUUGUAUAUCUUUAGAUAAAGCUAGUAAUAACACAUUGUGGGAGAAAAAGGAAAAUAAAGUAUUUUUUCGAGGUUCUAGAACAAGUUCAGAGCGUGAUAAUUUAGUAUUAUUAAGUCGUAAGAAGCCAAAUUUAGUAGAUGCUCAAUAUACAAAAAAUCAAGCCUGGAAGUCUAAUGAAGAUACAUUAUAUGCACCUCCAGCUUCUGAAGUUCCUUUAGAAGCACAUUGUAAAUACAAAUACUUAUUCAAUUAUCGUGGUGUUGCAGCAUCAUUCAGACAUAAACAUUUAUUUUUAUGUCGUUCUUUGGUAUUCCAUGUUGGAAAUGAAUGGAGUGAAUUUUAUUAUAAUGCAAUGAUUCCUUGGAUACACUAUAUACCUGUGUCUAAAGAUGCUAAUCAAACAGUAUUAGAAGAAAUAAUACAAUUUGCUAUAGAUAAUGAUGACAUUUCAAAAAAAAUUGCAAAUCAUGGGAGAGAUUUCAUAUGGAAUAAUUUAAAAAUAUCUGAUGUCACACAGUUUUGGAAAAAGCUUCUUAAAAAAUAUUCUAAACUUUUAAGAUAUAAAAUUUCACUAGAUAAAAAUUUAAUUAAAAUUGAAAGGAAGGAAAGAUCUUAA